AUGAAUUCUCCUACAUCUUACUCGUUUCUACCACUAACGCUAGUCUCAUUUUCGAGCAGCGUCAGCAUCUUCCGAUCAUUUCGAUCCGAUUCCACCUCUCUGAUCAAAGAUCUCGCUUUUGUAUGCUUUCUUGCUAUCAUAGAUGCUUUGCAGCAACUAGGGUGGUGGAGUUUCCUCACCGAGGUGCUGCCGUUAUCCACCCUGGCAUUCGCAAGUAUCGUCUUUCUCUGGGUAGUCGCCGUGGCACACAUCCAACGGAAAGUACUUCUGUGGUUUCAUGACGACGACCUAGAGCAAGAGAAGUGCUUGCUGGGGAAACCAUUGCUGUUCCCUUCGCAACUAACGCACGCGAGGAUGUUUCCAGAGAAGUAUCAUUAUGGCAUCGACUACUUCCUCAUCGGUAUGCCCGUCGGUUUUCGAGGUCACAUCGGUGCUUUGAUAUCUUUUGACAGUGGCGAAUCGAAUCCAUGUGAUGGACCAUACAAAUCUUCCAUCAUAAGAAUUUUCCGGAAGUUUAUCUGGUUCGGCAUGGAUUCAAGUCAAUAUCUCUAUCGUGGAGAUGGUCAUCUGAGCCUGAAACAGAAACUGAAGCACUUUCUCAUAAGCCAAGGCGAAAAUCCAGCUGAUUAUCCCCACGCAUAUUUGAUCGGCAUCCCGCAGUUUUGUCUCUGGACUAAAAGCCCCAUCUCUUACUGGUAUCUAUACUCCCCUUCAAAAGAGCUCAGUGCAGUCAUUAUGGAGAUCAACAAUUCCUAUGGGGAGAAGAAAAAUGUCUUCUUUCGAGUUACCCGGGAGGAAGCCUCAGUGUUCGAAAAGAGUAAAAUCGCGACGACUGUCAGCACUACGACAGGUAGAGGACUCAGGGGCGAUCAAACAAUUCAGUUCAUGUCUUCUGCGCCCACAGCCAAGUACUACAAAGGGAGCUGGGCCAAAGACAUCUUUGCAUCGCCAUUUGAGAAGGUUGAGGGAUGGUUCAGUUUACGAUUCAUGGAUCCGUUGGAUCCUUCUCCUGAAAAAGGAGGUCCGCUUCAUUCCAAUAUGACGCUGAUGACUCCUGAAGGGAAGCCCAAAAUCUCUAGUCGCCUACUCUCGUGUGGUACACCAGUCGAUCCUCUUCUAGAGCCUUCCUGGGGGUUGACGAUAUUUCUUCUCAAAUGGUCAUUUGUCAUCCCUGCAUCUAUAGGGCGCAUUGUGGUUGAAGCUCUGCGAAUCCGGUUCCGAGGUAAUUUGCCAUAUUUAAACAAACCGGAUGUGAAGAAGAAUAAUAUCCCUCGUAACGCAUCAAAACCAGAAAGAGUACUUGAGCAAUUUUUUCGCAUGUAUCUCUUUGACCUCGUCGAUCAAUGCCCGUUUCCACUUGAGAUUGUCUAUACGCCAGCGAAAUGCUUGGGCCUUCAUCCAAUUACUCGAAGAUCUCCUGUAAAAACCUAUACUUCGGCACCACCUGCAAGCUUGAUGAUACAGCCCCUCACUCCGGAGUUCUACACCAAUAUCAUUGACUAUUCGGAUGCCCUGACUGGGUUAGAGACCGAGUCGGAAAGCCUACCACAGUAUUCCGACCCAAUAUCUCAACGCGUAUUCGUAUCUGACAUGUCCAUUGUGCAGAAACUGAUUGGCUUGGAUAGCAAUUCCUCUGUUACUGUCAACAACAAGUGUUUACAGUCCUGCAGUGGAUCUGCGCAUGCCUAUGGGUGGAACGCCACUACGACGCCAAGCGGUCAGUCGUUCAUGGGACAUUUCACCAAUACCAAAUGCUCCCAAACUAUGCGCAUUACCUACAGAGUGGCCUGUAUUCACUUCUACCUUACCAAGAAACUGGCAUGGGGUUCGUACAAACUAAUGAGCAUCUAUGGAUUGCUUUUCCGUGCUAUCAGUAUGCGUCUCAUCUGCAAGGGAUUUGUCAGAUACCUGCAGUGUAACUCGACACCGGGGUGGAACAGAAAUGUCAUAUUGAUGCUUGGUAUAUGUUAUCUUCUGGCUCGAGGGUCAUCCGUGGCACACACAUUCCUCAGUCUACCAGGAUGGAAAGUCAGAGGCAUCUCGCGCAACACUUCUAGCCCCACAGCCCAGACCCUUAUCGCGAAGGGUGUCGAAAUCAUUCAGGCCGACUUGGAUGACGAGAAAUCACUCUACCCAGCAUUUGAAGGCGCCAAUGUCAUCUUUUCCAAUACCGAUUUCUUUGCCCACUUUUGGGGCGCAUUAGCAUCCGGCAACAAGUCAUCUCUGCAAUAUGCAUACGACCGCGAAGUCGAGCAAGGAAUCAACAUUGCGCGAGUAGCUGCUUCGCCCUCGGUGAUCAGCACCCUAGACCGCUUUGUGUAUUCCUCGUUGAGCGACGCUCGCAAGUGGAGUAAUGGGAAAUUCCUUCAUUCCUGGCAUAACAACUCCAAAGUAGAUGUCAUCAAAACCAUCGAGACUCAAUUCCUUGAAUUGGCGAAACGCAUGAGCCUAGUACAACUAGGGCAUUAUGUGACGAAUUGGAAAACAUUUCCACCUAUGGCGCCCCAGAAAAAAGCCGAUGGAAGCUUCGUGGUCAAAAGGACUUUCUCCCCUGAGCUCAAGAUGCCGUUCGUCGUCCCUCAGGCGGAUACUGGUGAAUUCGUCAAGGCGUUGGUGCUUGAUUUACCCGUCGGAACAGAAGUUCUGGCCGCAUCUGAGUUUUUGACUUUGCCCGAAUGGACAGAGAUUUGGGCAAAUUCUCUUGGUGUCAAGGCUGUUUAUGAGCAUGUUUCGCCGAAGGAGUUUUUUUCUGGUGUGCCUGAUGAGGUUGAGAAGGAGUUCACGGAGACUUUUACUUACGUGGAUGAGUUUGGGUUUACAGGAGGCGAUCCAGCAGUCUUGACUGCUGAGCAGCUUCAUAGCAAGCUUUCGCUCACUUCGAUGGAAGAGUAUAUCAGAAACGAAGAUUGGUCGUCAGUUUUGUAA